AAACCGGUGUUUUCGAUGUAUAAGUCACUAUCGCUAACUUCACAUCACCACUUGCGCAGACCUCCGAAAUCAGUCGUCAUUCAAGUGCUGCUUGGAACUAAAGGAAAGUUACACACUGUGAGUAGUUGAUUCCCGAGAAGAAAAAUAAGAUGCCGAUUCGUAACUUGACAACUGCCACCCGUUUACUCGCCAAAACUCUGCUACGGUCAGGAAAAGGAAUUAUUGGAACGAACAGUAGAUUCCUGUCCCAUUAUCCGAUUGAUGAGACCAUCUUCGGGUUGACUGAGGAACAGCAGCAGUUACGUCAGACGGUGUUCAAUUUUGCGCAGAAAGAACUGGCACCGUUUGCGCAGGAGAUCGAUAAACAGAAUGAGUUCAAGGACCUUCGCAACUUCUGGAGAAAAAUGGGCAACCUCGGCCUGCUAGGACCGACCGCCAAGCCCGAGUACGGCGGACUGGGAGGAACCUAUCUGGAUCACUGCAUCAUCAAUGAAGAACUGUCUCGUGCCUCGGGUGCGAUUUCCCUCUCCUAUGGGGCUCAUUCGAACUUGUGUGUCAAUCAGAUUCACCGCAAUGGGACGGAACAUCAAAAGCAAACCUAUCUACCGAAGCUGAUCAGCGGGGAACACAUUGGAGCCCUUGCGAUGUCAGAAGCGGGCUCCGGAAGCGACGUGGUUUCUAUGAAAACGAAAGCCGAAAAAAAGGGUGACUACUAUCUGCUGAAUGGAAAUAAGUUCUGGAUUACAAACGGACCAGACGCCGACACGUAUAUCAUCUACGCCAAGACGGAUUCUAAUGGAAAGUCACAACACGGAAUAACGGCGUUUAUUGUCGACGGGGACAGCUCUGGAUUUUCGCGAGGACCCAAACUGGACAAGCUAGGCAUUCGAGGCAGUGGAACGUGUGAAUUGAUUUUUGAGGAUGUUAAAGUUCCAGAGAAGAACGUUCUGGGUGAAGUGAACAAAGGUGUAUACGUGCUGAUGUCAGGGUUGGACUACGAACGGCUAGUACUGGCUGCUGGCCCCGUUGGUCUCAUGCAAGCCGCUUGCGAUGUCGCAUUCGAGUAUGCCCAUAACCGCAAGCAGUUCAAUCAAAGAAUCGGCGAGUUUCAGCUGAUCCAGGGGAAAAUGGCUGAUAUGUACACGACGAUGAAUGCAUGUCGAGCCUAUCUGUACUCGGUGGCUCGUUCGUGUGAUCUGGGAAAGGCUAACCCGAAAGAUUGCGCCGGUGUCAUAUUGUACUGUGCGGAGAAGGCAACCCAAAUCGCCCUGGAUGCCAUCCAGAUUCUGGGCGGAAAUGGAUAUAUCAAUGACUACCCGGCGGGAAGGAUCAUGCGGGAUGCGAAGCUGUAUGAAAUUGGUGCCGGCACGUCGGAGAUUCGUCGAAUGAUCAUUGGGCGUGCUCUCAAUCGGGAGUAUAAAUAGAUGAAGAGGGGAACUUUGAUGCAAACAGGAAAUCAGGCUUUUCAGACGCAUUUAACAGGGAAUCAGUGAUAAUUCAUAAUGUCUACAUGAUGUAGAUUGAAACGAAUGUGCAUUUAAAUAUUGUGCUUCCAUAGAUUUAUAUGUAUCCAUACAGAUAGGUUUAUAUUUGCUUGUGGAAAUAAAAUUUAGCGGAUUACA